AUGUUUAACAAUUCCUGCACUUUGACCACUGCUAACAGUUGCUUCAUAGAUACAUUCUGCUUCUUCUUUUUCUUUUACUUGUCCCACUUUAACAAUAUACCUCCCGAAGGAAAAAUUACUCUAGAUGAAGCCAUAACUUUUGCUAAGGACCUCAUCGAAAGGAAAAAGACCGAGUGGGGUUGUCCUGGUAUAGCAAUAGCAGUUAGCAUUGAUGGUAAAAAUACUUGGAGUGAAGGUUUUGGUUAUGCUGACUUGGAGAACCGUGUACCUUGUACCCGAGACACUGUGAUGCGUAUAGCAAGCAUCAGCAAGCCCAUCACUAUGGCAGCAAUUGCAAAAAUGUGGGAAAAUGGCAAAAUAGAUUUGGACAAACCUGUACAGUAUUAUCUUCCAUCAUUUCCUGAAAAGGAAGUAGAUGGAGAAAAGGUAACCAUUACACUACAUAACUUGCUGAGUCACAUGAGUGGUAUUCGUCACUAUAGCAAGGCUUAUUUAAAUAAAAAGAAUGAUAAAAAUAAUAACAAUGAAAAUAAGAAGGUUGUAGAAUCUUCAGACAAUAACAACAAUAACAAUCAUGAAAACUCUGAAGAGAAUGAAAGUGACAAUGAUAAAAACUCUAACAAAAAGGAAAAAGAUGAAAAGAUUGAUGAGUUUUAUUUGAAACGCUCUUUUAAAAAUGUUGAAGAGGCUCUCACUUUGUUCAGAGAUGAUCCACUUGUACAUAAACCAGGUACUAAAUUUCUUUACACAACCCAUGGCUGGACUCUAGCAAGUGCUGUUUUGGAAAAAGCUAGCAAUAUUCCCUUUCCCAAAUUGAUGACUGCUGUAUUCAGAGAACUUGGAUUGCAUAGCACCUGUUUUGAUAGAAAUGAACCUAUAGUUUACAACAGGGCCCGAUUCUACAGAACCACAAAGAAUGGCCAAGUGGUUAAUGUUCCUUAUGUGGAUAAUUCUUAUAAAUGGGCUGGGGGUGGUUUUUUAUCAACUGUUGGUGAUUUGAUCAAAUUUGGAAAUAGUGUUGGCACCAGUAGCAUUUUGCUUAUUCUGCCAGCUGAUUCUACUAACCCAACCAAAAACCCACCAAAAGGAGUUGUCAUUGCUGGCUUAGCUAAUCUAUCAGGGCUUAGUUUUAUACAGUUUGCAUUGUCUUUAGCUCAAGUAUUUGAGCGUGUGCAGAUGUGA